UCGUGAUGCAGACUGCUCUGCCUUUUAUUACAGGAACAUUAUAGGAACAAGUCAGAGUUAGUCUUGCCCUGUUGCUCCGUUGCUUUGACACUUGCAGGACAGAAGAACACAUCAGGACACAUUUUACCGAGUCUCCUGAAAAGGAUAAACUGCAUAUUUUUGGAGGAAAAAUGACCACCCAAACAUCCAAGGUGGUGCUGUCGUUGGACGCUAAAGAGGUGGACUUACUCAAAGACGGAGUGAACUUCAAGAAAAACCCCAGCGAUGGGAAGUGUUACAUCAUAUACAAGAGCGUUGGUGGCUUUAAAGCAUGCAAGAAUCAGUGCAAACACCAAGGAGGAGUGUUUAUCAAGGAUAUAGAAGAUCUGGAUGGCAGGACCGUAAAAUGCACCAAGCAUAACUGGAAGUUAAAUGUCUCAUCGAUGAAAUAUGUGAACCCGCCCGACAGCUUCCAGCAGGAUGAACUCGAAGUUGAAACCUUGGAUGAUGGGGGGAUGCAGCUGGUGGAGCUAAGCCCCAUUGAUCCCUGGCUCAUUGACCCCAGAGAGCCUGUGGCGAUUCAGGCAGGAGAAGUGAAAAUAACGUACCUCACCCACGCCUGCAUGGAGCUGCAGUUUGGACAAAAGCGCUUCCUGUUUGACCCCUGGCUGAGGGGUCCUGCCUUUGCCCGAGGCUGGUGGCUUCUACACGAACCACCAGCAGACUGCCUGGAUAGACUCUGUGCAGUUGAUCUAAUCUACAUCAGCCACUUGCACUCUGACCACCUGAGUUACCCUACGUUAAAGGUGUUGUCAGAGAAGAGGCCAGAUGUUCCCAUAUAUGUUGGGGACACAUCCCGACCAGUCUUUUGGUAUUUGGAGCAAAGCAAAGUCAAGCUGACCAAUAUCAAAGUCACUCCUUUUGGUGUUUGGCAAAAUGUUGAUGAUCACCUGAGAUUUAUGAUCCUGAUGGACGGUGUCCAUCCUGAAAUGGACACCUGCAUCGUUGUUGACUAUAAAGGUCAUAUUAUUCUGAACACAGUGGACUGCACCAGGCCAAAUGGGGGCAGACUACCAGAAAAUGUAGACCUGAUGAUGAGUGAUUUUGCUGGUGGUGCAUCUGGAUUCCCCAUGACAUUUUAUGGGGGGAAAUACAGCGACUCUUGGAAGACAGAGUUCAUCAAGAGUGAGAGGAAAAAGUUAUUGAACUACAAAGCUAUGCUGGUCAAAUCCCUGCAGCCAAGAAUCUACUGCCCCUUUGCUGGAUAUUUUGUGGAAGCUCAUCCAUCAGACAAGUACAUUAAGGAAACAAACAUCAAAAACAGCCCAGAGGCCCUCAAUGCACUCAUCAAUAAGCUUGCACCAGACACCAAGACGUGGACGCCCAAGCCUGGUGCUGUGUUGGACCUUGGCCUUGCACUAAAAGACCCCACAAGCAGUGAGGCCAUCACUGAUCCUCCAGCAAGUACCAAAAUCUACAAGGACAGGUGGGAGUUUGACUUGUAUGUGGAUGAGCUGAACAGCGCCAUUGGCAGUGAGAUAUUUAAACAUCAGGCCUGGAUCCAGUUUUAUUACACCUGGGCAGGCUUUCAAAACUACAACCUGGUGGUGCGGGUAAUAGAAACCGACGACAACUUUAAACCACUAAGUAAAGGCUAUGACUACCUGGUGGACUUUUUGGAUUUGUCAUUUCCUUCCUUAAGGCCAGACAGAGAGCACUCCUACAUUGAGAUUAAAAACAGAAUCGGUGUGAUGAGGUACGUGGUGCUGCACGGCUGCCUCUGGGAUGACCUGUACAUUGGCUUUCAGAACCAAAUCAGCCGAGAUCCGGAUGUCUACCACCACAAGUUCUGGAACCACUUCCAGACCCAAUUACCACUGCGCUGUCCAGACUGGGGCCAGUUUCUGCAGAAGGUGACCCCCAUCCAGGAAACGGAUGCAUCAGAUGGAGGCUUACUGAGCUACUGUUCAGUCUUAUAGAUUUAAAUAGUGGGAAUAUGGAGAUAAUGUUUCAGAUUUUCUGGUUUAAACCCCUUUUUUCUGGUAAAUUCUGAAUGCACUACACUACAUGAAAGGCAUUUAAAUAACUACUUUGGUGAUUGCAUUUAUUCAGCUCGAAGGGAAUUCACAAAUGAAGAUGCCAUUAACUCUGAAGGUUGCUGAAUGUGUUUUUAAUAGCGUUUCCUUCUGGCUUUUGUGCUUAUGGAAGUUGUCUUUUGUAACUGCUCUGGGUUUUGUUUUUAUAUUUAUUGAAAAUGUGUUUUCUUAUCUAAAUGCAGGUAAUUGGGUGAAGCAAUUAUAGAGCAAGGCCACACCUCAAAUGCAUUUUUUAUUUCUCCCUUCCCUCACCUAUUAAUUCUUCUCUCAGAACCCCUUUUCUAAGCUUCCAACCAUCUGUCCAUAUCCUUUACCCCUUAUUUUGAGGUCUUUAAAUCCAGUUAAUUUUUUAUUUUAUUUCAGGCAUUUUAGGAAAACAAAACUUGGAUAUUCCUGAGAAGGGAAGACAUAGAGUCACAUUUACAAUCACUGGUUAUCUUAUUAGGCACACCUUCUCAAUUCCAAUUUGCAAAUGAAUCAAUCAUAUCGCAGCAACACAAAGCAUUGGGGUGUCUAGAGGUAGGGAUGACUUGCUGGCGUUCUACAAGAACAUUAGAAUAAAGAAUUAAAAGGGUUUGUGUGUUUACAGAUGAUGGUCCAAAACAGAGAAAAUAUCCAGUGAGGCAAACUGGUGUUUGAGAUGACAGAAACUCAGCAGUAGCUCAAAUUACUUUUACAAAGAAGUUAUACAGAAUACUGUCUCUGAACAGAAAUUACCUUGGAGCUCUGAAGCAGAUGGACUACAGCAGCAUAAGGCUUAACCGGGUACCACUCCUGUCAACUAAGAACAGAAACCUGAGGAAACGAGGUCACCAAAAUUGAAUAUGUGACAUGUGAAAAACAGGCUCCAUGGUUGCGCAGUUGGUAGUAUUGUUUCAGAGCGAAGGUUGUGGUUUUACAUCCCGGCCAUAGAUCUUUCUGCAUGGAGUUCAUGCUUCUUGCCUACUGGAAAUAGGAACCAGCUCCAUAUCAAAGAUGGCCAGCAAAAAAAUCUGCAAUGCUAUCAUGCAAAUGCAGGCAAAAAUGGUCCCGAAACUUUAGUUCAGUCUGGAGCCAGUGCCAGGGAGACUUCACCCCAGCAAGACCGACCUAAUGAAGCGGCAUUGAAGAACAUUUAACCAACUGUACAACUAAAAAUUAUCACGAAAACCAAAAUGACAGCAAUAAUUUAUUUUAGUUAGAUAUUUCUCAUAAUGCUUCAGAAAGAUCUCCAUCAUCAAGUUCAAGGAGGAUUGAGGAUUAAUUCAGGAAUAAUACAAUAUUUUUUAAUUGAAUUGGAGCCUUAACCCUCUCAAGAAUUUCAUCCUUUUUAUCCAUCUAGACAAUCCUCCACAAUCAGCUGGGUUCAUUUCACUUUUAGUUUAAUUAUUCACUAUGCAGCAUACGUACCAUAGUGCCUUGUAUGAGAUGGAUUCAAUGUCAGUUCCAUUUCACAACAAAUCCGUUCACUACAGCCUCCCUAUUCAACCCAGUCCCAUUUUAUUCAGUCUUCUUCAUGCCUACUAUUCCCCCAGUGGGAAUUUAGUUGGGUUUUAAGUUGGCCAGUCGAUGUACUCAGGCACUUUGAGUCUUCUUCUACAUAACUACUAAUCAUGAGACUCCAAUGAUGAAACACAACCUUUUUAUAGCCUUGUCUUAUCUCCCUUAUAUUUGAUUAAAUAUCUUGUUGAUUAGAAAACUGCCUCACCUUCUCCCUGGUUAAGACAGUAGCACUAGUGAUUAUAAUCAAACCUUUUACCUGGUCACACAAAGCUCUAUUUAUUGCUUAAAGCCUAAAGGUGAAAGAAUGAAAAAUGUUUAAGGAUUGUUUGGGUUUUGAUAGACUGAUGUUUUCAUCAUAGUACUGUGGUACUGGUAUUUUGUUAUACAAUGUAAUAGUUUAUUUUUCUUUUAGGGAAUACAGUACCAAACUGUGGAGGUAUUUGUCAUGAUUAUCAAUUAAAAGUGAUGUUUUUGUUGCA